GACCAGGACUAAUCAUUUGGUGUGUUUAGAGGGAAGGGGUGUGUGAGGGAGACAGAAUGGGGGGGGGUGUUAGGCAUCCGCCUCGUGCGUAUUGGUGCCGCGUUGUCCUUCGAGUGCGCGCCGUUCCACUGUGCGUAAAGGUGGCUGUUGAUCACAAUGUGCCAACGGAGCCUUUUUUCCAUUUCAUGCGGACUUUUCCUUUUCCUCCUCGGAAGGAAUCCAUUCCAGUAACAGGACACUAAUCUAUUUUUUGCCUCCCGUCCUCACCAAACAGUCAGAUGCUCGGAAGAUGGACCCUCUGUACAAUACCACGGAUUCUAACGCCAUGAGCGGAGUGAACUGCUCCACAAACUGCAGCGACGACUUCAACCAGUUCAUCCAGCCGGUGUGGCAGAUCACACUGUGGGCUGUCGCUUAUUGCAGUAUGGUCGCAGUGUCCGUGAUCGGCAAUGUGGUGGUCAUUUGGAUUAUUCUGGCGCAUAAACGCAUGAGGACCGUCACCAACUACUUUCUGGUGAAUCUGGCUUUUGCUGAGGCUUCUAUGUCAGCAUUCAACACAGUCAUCAACUUCGCCUACGCUGUUCACAACGAAUGGUACUUUGGUUUGGUUUACUGUCGUUUCCACAACUUCUUCCCUAUCUCGGCCAUAUUUGCCAGCAUUUACUCCAUGACUGCCAUAGCCCUGGACAGGUACAUGGCUAUCAUCCAUCCCCUUCAGCAGAGACUGUCCUCGACAGAGACCCGUGUGGUGAUUGUUGUGAUCUGGAUGCUGGCUCUGCUUCUGGCCUUUCCUCAGUACUACUACUCAUCUACUGCACAACUGCCCGGACGUACAGUCUGCUACAUAGACUGGCCUGAAUACACCACACUGGACUAUAAGAAGAUAUACUAUGUGUGUGUGACACUGCUGAUCUACUUCCUCCCCCUUUGCAUCAUGGGAUGUGCAUACACAACUGUGGGCGUCACCCUCUGGGCCAGUGAAAUCCCCGGGGACUCCUCCGAUCACUACAAAGAACAACUUUUUGCCAAACGCAAGGUGGUGAAGAUGAUGAUCGUGGUGGUGUGUACGUUUGCUGUCUGCUGGCUGCCCUACCAUAUCUACUUCUUACUGCACCAGUUCUUUCCCGACUUGUUCGAUCAUCUCUACAUCCAGCAGGUCUACCUGGCUAUCAUGUGGUUAGCCAUGAGCUCCACGAUGUACAACCCCAUCAUCUACUACUGCCUCAACAGCAGGUUCAGGGCAGGUUUCCGCCAAGUGUUUUGUUGCUGCACUUCCGCCGUUGGUAAAGAAGAACUGGAGCUCAAGUCCCCACGGUACCUACAAACCCAGGUGAGCAUAUAUCGAGCCAGUCGGAUGGAGACAGUUGUUUCCACUGCCGUCCCUCCCACAGCGACAGAUCAAAAGAAGGCAGAGCUGCCCCUGUGGGCCUCUCCCACCGACCCACAUGCUGAGGUCACAUCCAACGGCUCAGGACCUGAAACCAGGAGUCCCAAUGAUUCUUCAGAUUAGAGGAAACACAGGCCAUAGGGCGGCUGUUUGAUGUGCAGCAGCUCAGACUCUACACCUGUUGGCUGGAGUCGGAGAACACCGCUGUACUGCUCAAGUGCAUUAUUUAACUGUGAUAUUUGGUCACAACAAGCCGGUCAAGUGCAUUAAUACCCAGUGGAUGUUUGGAGUCUGUAGUAACCAGUGUCUUGGCGGUGACAACAUGACCUCCGAUCUGUUCGACAAAGCAGAAGACCUCACACUGGUGUGUUUUGUCUCUGCGUGCAUGCAUCACCGCCUCGACCCCCAGCAUUCUCGGACUGGCUUUGGAAAAUGUGAACCUCCUCUAUGCUUGGCAACAGUGUCACGUCCUGUUGCAGUCAUGAUGUUGUGUGUGUGUUGUGUGGAAACAGGGAGACAGAUUCAGAGAGCGCGUAUGUGUGUGUAUAGAACUAGCACCUGUUGGACAGGAUUAGCCCCAUGUUUUGACAAAGUGUAGAGCAGGGUUUAGACUGCGGCAGCCAGGUCACAGGCCAACUAAAUAUAGAGGACAGCAGCAUGGAAAGGGAUGAUAGAGCAGAGGAAAAGGAAAUAAGCGGAAAACUACUCUACUAGUCUGCACAAAUGCAGCUCUCUUUACAAGCUGCAUAUUGGUGGAUUUGGUAUGUCAUCUGUUUGGAGCGAUGCUAUUUCAGUCUUGCAGACAACAGCUGCACAAAACUAGACGAGGAAUGUCAACGGAGUGCAGCUUAAUGGACUGUUUUACCUGUUUAAGAGCUCUGGUUCUCUUUUGUGUGCAUGUUCACUGUACAGAAUGUGUGAGGACCAAAUAAAGAUAAAUAAACAUCAUCAACCCAAUAUAAGAACAAAGUGCUCUAAGAAAUGGUGAUUUCUGCUGUUAAGUGGCAGAAGAUCAGUUUCUACUUCAACUUACCAUGUCAGGGGGUCAAUAGAUUCAAUUUACAAGAACCAGAUUUUCUUACUUUUAUGGAUGUGUGAUUCCUUGAUAGUCUGAUUUUGAUGUGAGACAAAGUGUCACCCAUACCAGUGCUUUUAAUAACUUAAUGUGGGUUGUAUUAUGAAGGAGACAUCUAUGUGGAACCUCUGAACACACCGUUCCCCAUUCAUUUGACAACAUUAAACUAUAAACAGGCAUUGGUCUGAAUGACAUUCAGCAGCAGAGAACAGUGCACCUUAGGCACAAUUACAGAACAUGAGCUAACAUGAAAUAGAGAUAGAAGCCCCUCAUCUCUAAAUAUACAGAGUGACUUUAAUUAUUCUGUUUUUGACAAUGACAGAUGUGUCUUUACAGAAGGAAUCAGACUCACAGGUAACACUUUUAACUGGACUUGCAAAUGUUCACCAUGUAGAAGUAAAGUAUUAUUUGUUUGUUUGUUUAAAUAAAAUUAACUAAAAUUUGAAUCUAUGCUAAACUAUAUAAUAAGAUAAAAUAAUGUAUUAGAGUUGAGGCAAAAAUCUCAAGAUUGAUGUUAAAUUUAAAGCCUGAUAAACUACCUGCAGAAAAGUGCAAAAAUGUGAAACAAACUGUGCAUUGGUUUCAUUUUGGCUUGUGGCAGAUAUUAAUGUGCAUGUAAAAUGUUAUUUUGUCACUUGUGAGGCCAGUCAUGUACAAGUUGUACUGUAUAUUGAACGCUGUCUGUACACAGUAGGUGUUUGGUUAAACUUUGGAUUGGUAACUGUGUGUUUACAACUAAAUGUAUGAUUUAUGUAUGUAUGACAAAGUUUUUCAUUCACCCAUAUCACAAAGCAUUUCUCACUGACCUUCACAUGCAAAUAUUCCAAUAUUCCUCUUAUUUGAUCCUCUUAUUUUCUCUUUUUGUUCACAUUUUAGUCAGACAUAAUAAUUCAAUAUGGAGAUGCUGCUAAUCAUUUUUAAAUAUCCAUUUUCAGCACCGUAGAAUGAAUUUCCAGUCACCUUCAUUGACUUUUGGUGGAAGCAGAAAUCUCAAAUUCCAAACACUAAACUGUUUACAUAGUUUGGUACCAGUAGAGGUCAGUGUACGCUUUUGUAAUUUGGGUGACCAGUGUUUAUAGUGAUAUCAGUGAUGUGUUCAUAAAUAAAUACAUCUGAAUCACACCCAGUUUUUAAUAGCAAAAUGAAAACCAUGUAAGUGUUGCUGUGUUUAAAAAAAAAUAGUCUUAUUUAUCGACUAUAUAACACUGAUACUGUGUAAUAAAAGAGGGUGACUGACAGUGGUACCAGUAUGUUAAAGUUUUUUAAUAAACAUUUGGUCUAGAACAUGUAAAAUGUAUCACAAAUGUGCCAACAAGUGCUUCUGUCAAAGUUUCAUUCUACAACAAAUCCACUUGGGUGGAAAGUGUUUACUGUAAUAGUGAAAGCAGUGAAAAAAAUACAUUAGGUUUCAUUAUCGAAGGGCAGUCAAUAUGUACAAUAAAAUUCAAGAAUAUGUU